CCUGUUGCAACAGGAGUAUAAUAGGUGUUAUAUUCGUCUCAGAUUAAGCUAUAAAGGCCGCCGGCGACGUGGAAAAAGCCCCCGAGAUUGUCAGUGUUCUUCGCAAUGUGGACGAUUGCUCUGUUGCUGUGUAUGGUGGGGCUAAGCCAUACCCAUCACUGCCUCCUCUCCCCGCCCCAGAGGACACCACUGGUGGGAAUCAACAAAAUGAUGGCACCAGCUUGCUACCAGAACACGGCUCCAUGUGGGAACACCACGGCGUCCACCCCAAACCUCGAAGUCAGGGCUGGUGGCAUUACUCGGGUCGUCUUUGAGAAAAACAUGGCGCAUUUCAACAAAGAUAAUCCGGGGUAUUACACCAUUAGUAUUGGUAAGGAGGAUGGCUCGCUGACUGAACUGAAGAGAUUCACGGAUCCCGGGGACCCCGCCAUAUUCAUCUACUCCGUGGACGUGACAAUACCGGCCACGCUAGAUGCCUCUCAGAAUUAUAUACUUCAGGUAAAGCACACGAAGAACACAGGAACGGGGUCGCCAUAUUUGUACCAGUGUGCUGAUAUCGGAGUGUUUGGUGGAUCAUCGGUCCAGCCUAUCGGAAAGUAGGACAACACAGCUAUGAUGGCUGGAAGUGUACCAUGUAUAUGCGCGAAUGC